AUGUAUUUGAAAUUUUCUCUUGUCGUGAUAUUAUCAACGGCCUUGACUGCCUUUUCCCAAGAACCAAGAGGAGGUCCAGCAUAUGAUGCUAGUACUGAAACUCUGAAAUGGGUCACGGUUGGAGUGGACCCUGUCAGUGAUGAGGUUAUCACGACUGCUGGUGUGACAACAACUGUGACUGCGCCAUUUGCCAUUAUCACGGCUACUGAGACCUCAGGGAGUAUCAAUCCUGGUGAUGUCAGUUUCGUUUAUUCCCCAGAAGGCAAGGACAGGUUAAACGCUCUUUUCGAAGAAGUGGCCGCCGCCUGUGCGAACACGCGCGUCAAGCGUUCUGGUAACUGCGAGUUAUCGCAAUUAUCGCGUCCUGGAGCUGGAGGUGGUGUCCUGGAGUUCGAUCUUGACUUUGGGAUUGAUAUUCCCAUGUUCACUGCGGGGGAUGUUGCUGUUGCACUGCAGAGCGUACCGGCCGCUGUGGCCGUGGCUUUCAUCGCCUAUGUGGUUGGAAACGGUAAAGUGCCUGACGCUGUCAAAAUUCCGGCGACAGACACCAUCAAAACAACCAAAACAGAAGCGACUUCAACAACGGAAGACGGUGACCUCGCACCCUACGUGACUACUAAUUACCCGGAAACUAUCCCUACCGAAACAGAUGAUCCGGAUGAGGUCUGGGCCCUGGAUUCGUUUAUGCAAGUAUACUUGCUAUCCUACUUUCCCACACAGACUGAACUCACGGGUCUGCCGACUCUGACAAAGACCGCAUCAACAACCCCGGGUACUAUAAGCAUAUCGACUCCUGCUGGUAGUUCUUGCGCGAAGACCGCUACGAGCGAGCUUUGUACCAUUCCCCGAGAGCCUUGCGCUACCUCGUUGACCUGUGAAAGUUGGGUACCCACUGCAACUGCUCCGUCAAUGGGCCAGGUGACCUGCUUUCCAGAAAGCCGAAGACCUGGCGAUAAAUAUGGCGCUGUUCGACCAGAACAGUACCAGGACGCUGCCGAUAAGGCAUGUGAAGCUUUUGCCAAUAAAGGUACACUUGAGGCCAACGAGAGUCGAGGGUCGUAUGUUUACCAAGCGAAGGAUGGAAGUGUGCCAUAUUGGUUCAAUGUUGGCAUCAGCAGCGGUUCCCAAACGUGCAAAGACGAAAAGCUCGACGAUCCAAUCGGCGAUGGCUCACAUAAGUGCAGCAGUAUACUUAAAGAUAGUUUGUUUUCGGGCUGCCAUGAUAAUGGUGGCCGGGGAGGUUUCGUCAAAGUAGGAUGUCUGACAUACGCAUUUGAUGUUUGCAGUGGAAAUGGCGAUAUUGAAUUGGAAGGGGCAUGCUUUACGAGUGGCAUGGGUGCGCCUUGGGUAGUCACUUGA